UGUUUUCAGCCCGGCCCAAUUAGUUGGGUUUUAAGGCCCAAAGCUAAGCUUAACCUAACAAAUAUUCGAUCAAAUUCAAAACCCUAAUAGUUUCACUUCAUUCUUUUUGUUUUAAUCUGGUCAAUCAAGAAUUCCUCUGGUUUUUAUAUCUUCUUCGCCACUUCUACAGAUUCACUAUGCAGCGAACCGAAGCAUCUUCUUCGAUGGAAGUCGACACUGUCCUAUCGGACCCAAAAGUUUUGCCUCCAAAGCCUCAAUUUGAGCCGCUAAAGCCCCAUGAGAUGUCCAGUGGUCAGGUUCAGUUUCGCAAGGUAUCCGUUCCGCCGCAUCGUUACACUCCUCUCAAGAAAAUUUGGAUGGAGAUCUAUACACCUGUAUACGAGCAGAUGAAAAUUGAUAUCCGAAUGAAUUUGAAGGCUCGAAAAGUUGAGCUGAAGACAAGACAUGAUACUCCAGAUAUAAGUAACCUUCAAAAGUGUGCUGAUUUUGUCCAUGCUUUCAUGCUGGGUUUUGAUGUUGUAGAUGCUAUUGCUAUUCUCCGGUUGGAUGAGCUCUAUGUUGAGUCCUUUGAGAUUAAGGAUGUUAAGACACUUCGAGGCGAUCACUUGUCUCGGGCUAUUGGAAGAUUGUCUGGAAAAGGUGGUAAGACUAAGUUUGCAAUUGAGAAUGCCUCGAAGACAAGGAUUGUGAUUGCUGACACUAAAAUUCACAUUCUGGGAUCGUUUGCAAACAUCAAGAUUGCUAGGGAUUCUCUAUGUUACCUAAUUAUGGGAUCACCGGCCGCUAAGGUUUAUUCUAAAUUGAGAGCGGUUACUUCUAGGAUGGCAGAAAGGUUUUGAUGUUAUAGUGAAAAGUUAUAAAUAGAGUUAUUUAUGAAUGUUUGGUUGAGUUGAUUGUUGAAUUGAUUGUUUCAGAGUAUCAAAUUUUGGUUUUUUUCUUGUGUUGUAAUGAUAUAAUUACUUUUUUCUUUUGAACUUCCAUGGUUAUGUUAAUGGCAAAAUCAAUCAAUUUCAAUAGUGUUUUUAUAA